AUGGCUGAUCUUCCCAAAGAACGUUUGACUGCUUUUCAAGCCUUUGAAGUCUCUGGCGUUGACUAUUAUGGACCAUUUUUCUAUAAGCCAGACGUACGAAACAAAGCUCCAGUCAAAUGUUACAUAUCCGUCUUCGUCUGCUUCGCGACUAAAGCAGUUCACCUUGAGCUGGUCAAGGAUCUGUCGACGGCUUCAAUCUUGAAUGCGCUCAAGAGGGUUAUAUCGACUCGAGGCAGGCCAUCUCAGAUAUGGUCGGAUAACGCUACCAACUUUGUCGGCGCCAAGAACGAGCUUCUGGACCUCAAGCGUCUAUUCAUCAGUCUCAAUUAUAUUGACUCAGUGCACAAGUUUUGCAUGGCUGACUCCAUUGAUUGGAAAUUUAUUCCCCCUAGCUCACCACAUUUUGGCGGCCUUUGGGAGGCAGCAGUGAAGACAGCGAAGCACCAUUUUUAUCGUGCUGUUGGCUCUUGUGUUCUCAACUUCGAAGAGCUUCCCACCCUAGUCUGCCACAUAGCAUCGAUAAUUAACUCCAGGCCAUUGUUUCAGAAGAUCCAGCAGACCUAG